UGUAGAUUCCUACAUCUCAAUGCAAUGAACCCUGUUCCCCAGGAUACAGGAAAUCUAAAAUAGAAGGAAAACCAUUGUGUUGUUAUGACUGUGUCAAGUGUGCAGAUGGAGAAAUGUCCAACACAACAGAUGCAGCAAAUUGUGUGAGAUGUACUGAGUAUCAGAAGUCUAAUACUGAGAGAACUGAAUGUCUCCUUAAAGCUAUAAACUUCCUUUCCUAUACAGACACCAUGGGAGGCAGUUUUACUUCCAUUGCCUUGAUCUUCUUCAUCACAGCUUCCACAGUUUUGGGAAUCUUUGUGAAAUAUUGGGGCACUCCGAUAGUAAAAGCUAAUAACCAACAUCUCAGUUGUAUCCUCCUCAUCUCUCUCAUGUUGUGUUUCCUCUGCACUUUAUUAUUCAUUGGACGCCCAACACAAAUAUGUUGUCUUCUCCGACAAGUAACAUUUGGAAUUGUAUUUACUAUUUCUGUUUCUUCUAUACUGACUAAAACUCUCACAGUUAUUAUUGCCUUCAAUGCCACUAAGCCUGGGAGCAAGCUGAAGAAGUAUGUAGGAACCAAAGUGCCCAUUGUGUUAGUUAUAAUAUGCACUCUGGGUUCAUCUGUAAUCUCUGCUGUAUGGAUGGCUUCUCACCCACCCUUUUUUGAGGCUGAUACAUUUUCAGAAAUGGACACAGUUAUUUUAAUGUGUAAUGAAGGAUCUGUAUCCCUUUUCUUUUGUGUUAUUGGAUAUAUAGGAACAUUGGCCCUACUAAGUUUCAUUGCUGCAUUUCUAGCCAAGGAUUUCCCCGACCGAUUUAAUGAGGCUAAAAACAUCACUUUCAGUAUGUUGGUGUUCUGUAGUGUGUGGGUGACAUUUGUCCCAGCAUACCUGAGCAGUAAGGGGAGUAGAAUGGUGACUGUUGAGAUAUUUGCCAUCUUAUCCUCUAGUGCUGGAUUAUUGGGCUGUAUAUUUGUCCCUAAAUGUUAUAUUAUUUUUCUUCAACCUGAAUUAAACACGAGAACAUUUAAGAUAAAUCCUAUUGCUUGAUAUAUUGUUCUCCUUCAGAAAGCACAAUAUUCAUUCUUUUGCAGGUACCAUAGAUAUAGCAGAAAUAGUAAAACCAAGGGAUAUAUUCUAUAUUUGAUAGACAAGAAUGUGCCUAUAUAGAUGAAGCAAAAUUUUGAUACAGCAACCUUUUUGUUCACGGAUACUGCAAAUUUCUGCAGUGGGGAAAGUGCCCUUCUUUAUUGGUUUAUAUCAUCUGUUCUGCCCACAUCUACUAAUAUGGGCAUUCUGUAAGCUAAAAUGUGAGGUUAUGCUGACACCUAGUGGUAGUAGUGAGCAAUAAUGUUUAGUCAGAUCAGGGUUACAGAAUGGUGUAAUUUCAUGGGAGGA